AUGAGCCAUGUCGCACAAAUGCUUUUAGAGCACGGAGCAGAGUACAAAUACGUUAAUAGGUUAGGCGAUGAUGCCCUUUACUUAGCUGCUCAAGCUGGCAAAGUUAGUGUUGUAAAAAGGCUGCUGAGAUUCGGAAAUUGGUUCGGCAAAAGGAGAAGUUCCGGUCCUACCCCUUUACAUGUGGCGUCAAAUACAGAUGUUGUCCGUAUCCUUCUGGUUGCGGGGUUCAAUGCAAAUGCAAUAGAUGACAAUGGCUGGACACCACUCCAUAAUUUAGCACGGCAGGGCAAUACAGAUGGAAUAGAACUUUUAUUACGUUAUGGAGCUAAUGUGCACGCCCUAACCAAAGACGGAAGGACUGCUCUACAUCUGGCUCUGGAGGCCGGGGAAAAUUUUGACUGGGAUAUUCUGCGAAUUGUCCUGUUUCUACUUGAUAACGGAGCCGAUGAAAGUGUCAAAGAUUCAAACGGUUUAACCCCUCUACACGCUGCUUGUUUGCCUUACACCCCCAAUGUUUUAGGGCCAUCGCCUCGGAAGGAAGCCACCUCUCUACACAGUGUUUACUUGCCUUACGGUGUCAAGGUUGUAGGUUUGUUGAUCGACAAGGGAGCUGAUGUCAAUGCCCUUGACAAUGAAGGAGUGUCGCCUUUUCAAAUGGCAGUUCAAAGAGAGAUUCGCCAAGCAAAUGUUGAUAUCAUUUCUCUGCUGGUAAAGCAAGGAGCCAAUGUCAACUCCCAAGAUAACAACGGCUUCACAGCUUUGCACCAAUUUGACUGUUCAGUAGACACGGCUGACUUGCUACUAAACCAUGGAGUCAUCAUAGAUGCACGAGAUGCCGGAGGAAAGACCGCACUCUUUAGGUCUUUUGAACGUGGAGAUCUAUAUCUAGCAAACUUUUUGAUAGAAAGGGGAGCUGAUGUCAAGGCCGUGACUAACUGUGAGAAAACAAUGCUUCACGCGAUGAAUAAUAAAGACUUGAGUUUAUGCCAAAGUAAUUUCUAUUCGAACAGGCAGAGAUUCUCUGAAAAGCGAGGAGUAGAGCAAAUGAUGAAGCUUUUGUGCGAGAACGGAGGGAAGAACGUCAUAAUUCGCGAGAAGAGCCAGAUCUUCUCCCAUCUAGUGCACAUUCCCGCAAGUUUGCAUCCACAAAGUCGAUUCGCCUCACAAGGCUGGGUUACACUACAGCUUGCCUCAACGAACCCAGCAGAUCAUUCCUCAAAACGCAUUAAUCCAUCCUCCAAACGCACUGCAACACUGCAUCGUGAAGAGAAUCCUCAUCUCACAACAGUGCAGAUCGUCACUGUAACCCAGCCACACUCGGAUAAGCACUACUAA